AUGGAGCAAGACAAUCUAGCAGCGCGUGCUCCUGUAAAGUCGAGGAACCGUCCGCUAUCCCGUGCCUCGACCACGUCGGUUCACAGCGCCACGACGCAACCAACAAUGGACCAGUCCGGGUUUGCAGACUCGUCGGCCAUGUACGCUGCUGGCCAGUGGAUUUCCAACGACCAUGCUCAUGGAAAAGACAUGGGGUCGGCACCUCAACUAUCUCCCGAAGAUAUGAUCAUGCAGGCCGCCACCCACAUGCAAACCGCGAACCACGACUUCGCCAUCGACGCCUCCAUGGGAGUAACCAUGGCCCACCAUCAUAUCACCUACCAGCACCAGCAGCAACCGCAGCCGCAACCGCAACCGCAACCACAAUCGCAAUCGCAAAACCAACCACAACCCCAAGCGCAACAUGCCAUAGCCAGGCACCCUCUCCCCGCCGAUCAGUAUGCGGCGCCAAACGCCAGUUUCGCCGAAGCCGAUGGCCAAGUGCUCGAUCGCGACGAAAACGAAGACGGUGACUCCAUGACGGGCCAGGCCGCAACAGCCAAACCGUCCACGACACGAUCCAGCGCCAACAAUGAGCUGGAGAUGAGACAGCUCUUUACCGCCAAUCGCCAUCGCAACCUUCAGGAAGUUGCAACUGAACUCCACGGCAACGAACGUGGCCCCAACUCGGAACGGACUCGUCAGGUUUUUGCCAUGUUGUGGAUAAACUCGGUCUGUUCAAAGGGCAAGGGCUCAGUGCCUCGUGGUCGAGUUUAUGCAAACUACGCCUCCCGUUGUGCCACCGAGAGAAUCACAGUCCUCAACCCUGCUAGCUUCGGAAAGCUGGUCCGUGUUCUUUUCCCUGGCCUCAAGACCCGUCGUCUUGGCGUAAGAGGAGAGUCAAAAUAUCAUUAUGUCAAUUUUUCCCUCGUCGACGAUCAACCUGACUUGAGGGACUCUCAGCCACCAGUCCCGACACCACUUCCCGAAGUCAACAGCUUAACACAUGCGUUGAGUUCAUCUGUUCAAACAAACGGCGCCAGGAAAACUUCAUUGCCUUGUCAUCAAGACGCAGGCCAUUAUGACAAAGGUCCCAGCCGGUUCAAAAGAUCUGCAAGAUGCCACAGUAUAUAUAAUAUGCCUGAUUUGGCUAGCAUAGAUAAUAUUCGCACCACGUCGACAAAAACGGAGCUUGAGCUCUCGUUUCUCUCCGCAGACAACAAUAUCCUCGCACAAUCCGAUGUCCUCGCGCUCCCUGCCAUCGAGACGUAUCUACCCCCUGGAACAGAUCCCGAUGCUGCCAAAUCGUUGUCGGCUCUGUACCGCUCCCAUUGCACGUCGCUUGUGGAAUGUAUCCGAUACUGCCGAGAAAAGACGUUUUUCCAUCUCUACACCUCGUUCCAGGGCACCUUGACGAUGCCGGUCCAGAAAUUGUUUGCCCACGCGGCUUUGGCGCCAUGGAUUGAGGGAUGCGACUACAUACUGUAUCAGCGAACAAUGAGCAUCAUCGCGGGCCUGACUCUUCAGGUCGUUCCCAAACCGGUGCUUGAUACUCUGCGCAACAUCUCGGAGAGGCUAGUGCCGCACAUCCGGGAGUCCUUCCAAGGACAGCCUCAGCACGUCCUUGCUGCCAAGGAGGCUCCCGCGGCCAUUUUUUCCGGGCUACUAGACCGAGCUCUGCGGGUGAACCUGACGGCACACGCAGCAGCCAACAUGUUAUCGAACCCGGCCAACAGAGACCAGAUGUACGUGGACUGGAUCACCAUGAUUCGCGCGCGCAAGGUUGCGGAAUGCGUGCCGACGCGUGGCAUGGACGACGUUGUGGAUAUCUUGGUGUCGGAGAUGAGGGAUCUCCUGGACCCCAUGAACGUACCAUGGGAGGUUGAAUGUCUCACGAUAUAUGGAGACGUCACCACCCGCAGCGGCAGGUCAGCCGAUGAUGGCGGCGGAAGCGGCUCAAGUGGUCAAAACGUCUUGGAAAGAUGGGUCAGCUUCCUGCAAAGCCUGCCGGGCAAGUUCUCUUAUGCCUCGCACGCGGAUAUCGUCUGGUGUGUUGAGCGAGUUGGCACGGCGGUGAUGCGAGACCUCACUCUUGCCCAAGGCAAGAGCUUUGGUUCUUGGUGGGUGACCAAGACUUGGGUUGACGAGAUGGUCUGUUUUCUUGCAGAGCAGGGUGGAUUCAUGAAGCAAAAGGCGCGCAAGCAACAGGCAAAGGAGACGAGCACGAAUGCCGAGGCUGCAGAGAAGGAGACGACGGAUCGCCAUAGCCGGGGGUACAAUAGCGGCAGCGACAGCCUGAACCUAUCCAACGUGUCUCAGACGCAGCCGGGGAGAGCGCCAUUUCCACCGCCUCCCAGUACGAAUCGGGCAUCAGAAGGAGCAAGCGGCGGGGAUCCUCACGACGACAGCGGGAUUGGUAUCCGGACACCCGAAGAAGACUUUCCCAUGGACAAGUUCACCUUUGCGGCGACGGAGAAUGGAGGCAUGAUUGGCGGCGCGGAGUUGACGGCCGGGGCAGGUCUGUAG